AAUCAGCCCAUAAUCAGUUCAGUAGGUUACUGUAAUAUCUACCUGAUAAUGCUAAUACCAGUGAUCGUCCCCAAUCUCAUCCACAUCACCUAGUUAAAGCUAUGCUGGGAGGUUUCCACGACCACAGUCCUUUUUAAAUGACUGGCUAAUAAACUCGGAAUUGCGUGAAAAAACGCGUUCAUUAUUAGUUUUUGCCGACUUCCUUCUACAAAAUAUCUUUUAGGCAGCCUUAGUGGUUGUUUUUAUAUUGAAUUUGACACUCAACACUUAAGGAAAACAACGAUAAAGAUAUUUCAGUCCGAUAUGCGAUAAAAUACAAUUGUGUGUAGAUUUCUAUAUUUAUAAAUACCAUUUUUCUAUAUUUUUAACGUGAUCCAUUCUAAUAAAAUGGACACGGAUUACUAAUACAUAGGUAGUAAUCUUUCUAGGCUUAACAUGGCAAAAUUCGUGUUUAUUUAGUCUAUAUAUAUGCUGUAAAACUAUGACUAACAUUUACAUAACUGUGUGUUAAUAAGCUAAAAGUCUUAACUGACUGAGUCACAAAAUUAAUUUACAAAGCGAAAGUCAAAGUCAUCCGACUUCCUAUAGUAAAAUGUCUUUGCAAAGCUCUCUUACAAAUAACAUAGUCAUAACAAAAUUAUCAUUAUCGCUAACUUGUUGGAAAACAAUGCAAUUCUGUAAUAUUAUAAUGUUCUAUAUCGAACGAUAGUCGUAAACACCCAUAUGUAUAGAGUUUUUAGGUGCGUCGCUACUCUCACACCUAAAGCCUUGUGAUAAUGUUGAUAAGAUAGUAAUGAUGCCGACUCGCCAUAGGCUGCAGAUAACGCUCCAAUUACUGCUAUAUUGAUUGUACACAAGUUGGACUACAAUUCUGACAAAUCCUUAUAUAACGUGCUCAAAGAUAGCUCUUAUGAUUCAUGUGUCAAAUAGGGAAAAUCUGGUUACAGGCUAUUUUUACCGACUUCAUUUUCUCUACAGUCUAAAAUCUUACUACUUAUGUGUAGAAGAAACUAUAGAUGACCUGAUAGACAAAUUAGUUCUCUUACUGCUUCUUCUUAAUAGAACGUUGGCUGGUCUGACGCUCCUUGGUCUGGGCAUAGCGGUGCAGCUGCAGUCCGCAGACAUCGUGCAGAUAGCUGACUUCAACAUACAGAUAGCUCCCAUCACGUCCAUGAUAGUCGGAGGUAUCGUCUUCUUCAUCGCCUUCUUCGGAUGCUGUGGAGCCAUCAGGGAGAGCAACUGCAUGCUCGUCACUUACUCCAUCUUCAUGCUGCUGCUGAUGAUCAUCAAGCUGACGCUGGCUAUCCUGAUCUUCGUGAAAUUGGACAACGUCGUGUCUGAAGUCCCCUUGUGGCUCAGGGAAGCCUUCCAAAAAGACAGAGUCUCUUUCCAAGCUAUUGAGAAAACGUUCAGUUGCUGUGGUCCUGACGGUUACGCCUCAUAUGGGAUCCUGGGCCUGCCAGAUACCUGCUGUGCCACCGCCCCAUGCAAUAUUGGCAAUGCUUACAGCGGCUGCAACGAACACGUGCAGCAGUUCUUCCAAACCUUCGGCCUCGCCAUUGGAAGCGUCAUGAUAGUCGUCGUAUCCAUUGAGCUGGUGGCUGCAGUGUUUGCUCUGUGCCUGGCUAACACCGUCCGCAACAAGAGCAGGAGAGCUCGUUACUAAGUACAAAUCUAUACUCUAAGCACUAUGUGUAACCUAGAUCAUAAGUUUAUACCUAGUUGUACUCUACGUUACUAUAUUAAACUAUAAAGCCUAAUGACAAUAA